CACACAUCCCGCAAUCCACUCCCCCCACCCCGCCAAACCACGUCUGCCUUGCUGUUGCUAAUCACUGGUGGUCUCCUGACUGCCAACGGUAAUUGAUUAGAGAGAGGAGCGCUGGUUGGCGAGGAGGGGGGAAUGGAGGGGAAAGUUCAGCCCAGAAGUUCUCAAGGUCACUGCCCUUUUCUUCCCCCGUCUGAACUUCUUUUCUCAUGCUAUUAGGUAUCAGCCACAGGGGAAACUGCAAAUAUUUGGCUCACUCUGUAUGACUUCCAAGAGGUUUGGUGGUGGCGAGCACAAACAGGAUGGUUUACGUAAGCAAAAUGGAUGCAUCUGCUGAAGAGAAACACGAUGGCGAAAAGGCUCAGAGUUUGCAAUGUGUUGAUUUAGGAACUCAACAUCCUUGAAUGAAUAGGAUUAUUUUUGUAGACCUCCCCCACAACAUCGAUGGUUCCUGAAUGCCGCCACAUUGUUUGGCCUCUGUGUGGCCACUCAGCAUCCUUCACAAUAUAAAGACAGCUCAGUGGAUGUUAUUCUGAUGAAAUAACUCACUCCGUUCAUCCUGAUUUUACAGGAAGAUGUGACAUUCUUUGCCCCUGGAAAGUGACUCACACUGCCGUCUUGUUUAGUAAAUGCAAUUAUGGACCGGUUGAACCGUUCUCCUUUUCUUUGAAAAAGAGUCACGAAAAAUACUCUUUCACUUUCCUUUUUUUUUGUGCGUGUGAGUGCUCUGUAUGACCAAACAGGGUCAUGUUCACAGUAUGGACACAGAGCCUACGUGUAUGGAAACAUGACUGUCACAGGAAAUGUUCAACAUGUUUCACAGAAACGCAGCCGAGCAAGAGGUGAGGGCGUUUUAGAGAGGCGCCCUCCCAGUGCUGCGGGCUAGUGUUGAUGUUGGCUUCACGGUUGUCUCGGGGAUGCCCAGAGUUUACCACUCUCUGGUUGCGAGGCCAGUAAAAAAACACUCAGAGCAUGCUCAGAUGCUCACAGACCUAUGUCUGGACAUGUAGGCUAACUCACAGAGAGCGAUGAGGACUAAGUGAUGUAACUUUAUGAAUGUAAGGAAAACGUCAAACAAACCCAAGAGGCAAAGUUAAAGACAAAUAAUUAGAGUAGCUCGGAAUUUAUAUCAUCACUCAGGGAGUGCAGACUGUUGGGUUUCCAUAUUUGUCUCAGUCAUCUCUCCCACUUUUUUGCCCCAGGCUGUAGCAGCUGUAAAGCAUUCAUCUUUGUCUGCUCUGUCACUUACACUGUCUCUCAGCAUUCAUCAUAAGGAACUCAUUUUUCAUAAAUCUGCUAGUAAGGUCGCAGAUUUUCAGCUAAUUUCAAACACAACCCAUAUAAAGGAGACGGAACAUUAAUCCUACAUAUAUCUUUUCGUUCCCCUACUGCUUAGGUAUAUUCAAACAACAUGUAAAAAAGGAUUAUGACAAAACUUGAUAUUCUUGCAAAUACCAGAUCAAGAUAUCAUGAAAGCCAGCCGCACUAGGCUGCGAAUGAAAAGCACUUGUGUGGUUUAACUUUAUCCAGACUUGUGAAUGCCAGUGGAGGUCCUUUCUAAGAAGUGGUGGGCUCUGUUUUCUGUCCUGUCAGCGUUGUGCAUCUGCUCUCCACUGCCCCCCUUUGUUGGGCUUGAAGUAUUGAUAGUGAUUAUGUCAGAGACCCUAUUUUCUAGUUCCCCUCAUAAAAGCACUGCAUAUUUCUGAUGAUGCACACCAACUUGUGCCAUUUUAUAUUGAUUUUAGAUUAUUUUCUCGUAAAUCUUUAACCCCCAAAACAGUGGAAAGUAUGUCAUUUUGUCUAAUGUCUAUAGAGCCAGUAGCUCUCAGCUUGGUUCUGUGCUGUGUAGCUUUGCUGUCAUAUUCAUGUCUGAGGAAAACUAACCAUAUACGUUCUCAUCUGCAGCUAAGAGCAAAAGUCAGGCUGCUUAUUUUAGAUUACCUUUCUUCCAGUAGAAACUACCAUGCGGGUCUUUGAGUGAUGCAAUAUAAAAGCACCAGAAAGCAACAAAGAGUCUUCAACUUAGCGCUAAGCCUAUCAAUAGUCAACUGGCUUCACACUGAAAUCAUUUCAAACUUCUGUUAUUUAUGUUAAAAAAAAAAAAAUUUCUGGAAUGUUACCAAAAGCAAAAAUCCAGUUUUAUUGGAGCUUUACUGGGUUGAACCUGUUAUUAGAAUAUGGCCGAUACAAUUAAUUUUAUCACAGAUAAAAAAAAAAGAAUAUUAAACUGGGAUUUCAUUAAUUGCAGGUGAAUAAACACCUUGAAACUUGAAAGGUGAGACGCAAACAGAAACAGCGUCAAAGAAACAAACAGCAGUGGCUUCCUUUCGCUCCAGGAAAGGUGAGAGGUGGGUACUCAGGGAGGAGUAAUUAUUCCCAUCACUCUACCGUCACUGUAUGGGCGUGAGAAAAAAAGCACGCAUAUCAUCUUUUCAUACAAGCCUUCGAUGUGGGUGGUGUGGUAAAAUGGUUUUAAGCUGAUGCUGGAUGAUUUAUCAAGUAGCAAAGAACAGGACUGGGCCUGUGGAAUGAAGGAAAUGUCAUCCGAUGCCAUACGGGUUGUAUGAGCCAAGCAUCCGCAAGCCCAUAUUCUCACCUGUGUCCAAACACGCUGACUGAUGACCUCCAGAGAAACUGAACACUGCCUCAUAUUAAUAUAACAAUCUGCACUAGACACACACACACAUAUAUAUAUACACAUGCAUAUAUGUACACAUACAUUUACAACAUAUUUAAAGACAUACUAAACCAUUAAAAAAAAAGUUAUCAUCUCAUCACCUUGGGUCAUGGCCAAUGUGGAUAUUACUUUGAUAUGUUUCACUAACACCCCUAUAUACUGCUCUAAACAUGACAAAACUGCCCCAAGAUCCGAUCUGAUGUAUCAGGUAUCAAGAUCACGGUGCCAGGCACCACUGGAGGUUACGAGGCUGUGACGAGCACCGCUGUAAUACCGAGAUCCUCUGAAACAAGAGUGUAUCUGAACUGCUUAUCAUAUCAAAGCAUGCUGAUUAAGGCAAGCAUUCAUUUCAAGUGUUCACCUAAGCUGAGGAGCAUGAAUUGGUGGCUAAGCAACAUAUGUUGUAGCCGGGUGUUUGUGCUGAGCGCAGGCACUAUGGCUUUUAUCACACAGCAGCAUUUUAUGCCAAAGGACGGGACGGUUUCUUGUCUUAUUUCAGUCCACAGAAGCUGAGCUGGUUAUUGUGAAAUAAGUGUGCUUAGUAGUAUAAUCAGCAGCCAGUCACAGGCAUGGCAAAAGCAAAUGCAGUAAAACAACGAGCUCGGAGGUGCCCGUGGAGAAAGAGCCCUCAAUGUUUUUCGGGCAGGCUGUUCUGUUGCUCGUGUUUGCGUGGUGAAAAGGAUCCUCUGAGGAAGCAGGAGAAAAAGAUUAAUGGGGCCCCUCUGCAUGCACACUCGGAUCAACGGGGAUCAGGUGAGAAGGAGACUAUCCAGAUUACAGUGGAGGAUCUGGGAAUAGUUAACACUAACUUCAGCCUGUUUGAUGAGGACUCUCUGACCCCGAGGAACAGCAUGUCUCGCUCAGCAAGCUCUGUGUAUGCCUGCUCAAGAGCUCUGAAAAAGAAAAGGCUGAAGCCUCUGUCUUCACUCUCUGUACAGCCCCAGGCUGAAGCAGCAGUCACUUCUAGCAAUGGAGAAGAUGAUGAGCAAGAGGAUGAAGUGUUGUCUGGAAGCAAGUUGGAUCCUGAAAACUUUUUGACACCACCUGUCAUCAAUCUGAUUCCACCUACGCCCUCUGACUUUGCAGAGAUUGAUAAAUUCUUUGAAAUGAAUUCAGAGGAAAGUGUGACACACACAACUGGCAUUGAUGGAAGCGUUGCUGCUUGUGACCAGGACGAGGAUAAAACAAAGAGUGUGGAGACUGAGCAGCCAAAAAAAGUAUGUGUACUGGCUGAGAGUACGGCCAAUAGUGAAGUCGAACCUGAGAGGGGCCUUAGGGAUGAGCUUGGAGAACAAAGAGAGGCUGUGUCAAUUAAAAAUAAAGAGAAAACUAAGGGUGAGCUCUUCCGAACCACCUUCCAGGUGGCUCCUCUCCCUGAGCUUCAGGAAAAAAGGAGCUUCAACACUGGAAUAAAUCUGUUACCAUUUACUGAGCACAACUUGGAUGACCUGACCAACAGAGACUCAAGUUUCUCAGAUAUUCUCAAGCAUGAACUUUGCCCGCUUCCUCACACCACCAUGAUGGCUACAUUUGCUCACCAAAAGAGGCCGAUAACUCGUUCGUGCAGUCUCGAGGACAGGCUGACUAGGAGUGCCACUUUCCACGGUUUAACUCAGACCACAGAUCGACGCCAUGAAGAGGAGGGGUCGCCAAGACAGCGACGAAUAACUGUCGGUGAUUCUGCAUCCUAUAUGCCUCAUUCUAAGGAUCAGAAUGGAAACUUUUCCGAGAAGGAUGUAGAGAGGCAAGUGGCCAAAUCUUUCAGGGAUCUGAACACUGAAGAGGUGUGCCAGUGGUUUACCAGUACUGGACUACAAAAGUGUAUCCCUCUCAUCAAAGAGGCAAAUCUGUGUGGUGCAGACAUGGCGUCUGUAGAUGUGAACACUCUGGACACCCUCCACAUUAGCACAGUGGAGGACAGGGAGAAGUUACUGUCGGCCAUUUAUAAUGAGCUUCACCCUCCCAGCACGGUGACUCAGAGAAUCGACUCAUUGCUCGAAUCAUUGGGGCCUGGUGAUGUGGAGACAUUCACUGCAACGCUGGUGUCAAUGACUAAGUCCAAGUCUUCUCCUCAUGUGAGCUGUUUGAAUACAAAUCGGCGUUCCUUCAAGCUGAGAAACAACAGCCUAAACAACGCAGUGCAGAGGAGUGCUCAACUAAUAGAGAUUACUAUCAACGCGUCAGAGCGAAUAGUUCAUCUCAGAACCCCGAAGGAAACAACAGUGGGAAAGAUUAUGGACUCGUGCAUCAAGAUGCUGGGAAUGACAGAAGACAAGAGUCUCUUCACACUAAAAGACAAGCAAGGUUCGCCGGAGGAGCUCUCACCAGAUCAACAGAUUGGGACUCUACUUCCAUCAUCAUCAUCAUCUGCAGCAGCAGCAGCAAGCAGUCAGCUGGAACUGCACUUGGUUAAAAGGGACAAACCGACUGCUUCUGCAUCCCAAGACAGUCCAGAGGAGAACAGCCCUGAUGAAAAUCAUAACAUCCGAGGCAAACAGCUGGCUAAAGAAGAGCGGAUCAGGGAAUUAAACCAACAAGUGGCCUCACUACAAAAUGUCAUCUGUCAGGUCCAACAGCUCCAUCAUGGCCUAGUAGCUUUUUGCUCAGAGUUGAAGAGCAUGGAUGGAGACACGAAUGUCGAUGCACUCGGCUCUGCUGAGCUGAAGCAGAGACUGGAGCUGGUUAACAGAAGACUGCAAGACAAGAGGCAGAACCUGCAGACCCUCAGAGACAACAUUACCAACUUCACAGCUGACAAGCAGAAGCAGUUGGAGGUUCAUCUCUUGGAAAAGAUGAAACUGAAUUGCCACGUGUUUAAGGAGGAAAUCUGCAUCGUGCAUCUCAAUCGACAGGCGGCUCAGCUCCACAGCGCUUUGCAAGAAAGCCACGUUAAGGAAAAGGCUCGAAAGAAGACUUCACCCAUUGGUAGCCUGAGCCAGCUGGUGUCACCGCAGCGUCCGGCCAUGCUGCUGGUCGUACAGGAGAACCAGAACCCUGAUGGCCGUUACGGCUUCUCCUAUCGCUAUGGGGAAGGCAGCGGACUUGUGGUGGUCGAGGCGGACAACUCACAGCUCUGUGUGGAUGACAGAUUGGUGGAGGUGAACGGUGUGUCGGUGGUCAACUCAACACACGGAGAGCUGACCGACCUCCUGCGGCAGGGCCCCAGCAUUCAAGUCGUGGUCCUUCGUCAGCCUCCGCCUGCCCUCCCCUCCCCUCCGUCCCUGCAGCACAUGGUCAGCUGUGAUCUGGAGCAAACAUGCUGCCCAGGGGGAGACGUGGGCAGCACAGAAACCCGUCCUCAGCGCAGGGUGAUAGCCAUAUGAUGACACACAGCAGUAUUAAAACUGUCCAGUAAUGUGA